ACGCUACCGGCGACGCCCGCCCGGCGGCUCUAUUUUCCCCAUGUUCACGUCGACAUGGUUUUAUUUAUUUAUAUAAUUAUGUUCACUCAAGUGCAUGUAAUUUAUGUGAGCGGAUGACGUCGCUCGUGCACUCCAGUGUGUUUAUGUGGGCGUGGAGAGAAGUGUCAACGUGCGCCGCGCGAGGAGGAGGAGGAGGAGGUAAAGCCUUCAGCUGAAGCAAGCUGGAUAAAAUCAACGGCGGAAAUACAAAAUUAACCGCUGGAAAAUGUUUGUUACAUUCGAGGAAUAAAGUUGUAAAGGGUCGCCGUCUGCUGAAGGCUGAGCUGGCAUCUUUUCAGUGCUGGAUGUGAGUUAGUCCACAUCGCAGGAAGCUCAGCCUCUCCUCCUCACUGGAUGUGAAGCAAACCAGGCAGCGACGUUUCAACAUCAGGCUACUUGUGACCAACUGCUGGAUCUCUAUUUCAGAAAGACCAGAAAAUACAAGCCAUGAUGUAGACUUCAAAAUGAUGACGAUGAUGAUGACGAUGGUGAUGCAGGGCCUCGCAAGGAUGAGGAGCAGCAACUGAUUCUCUCCUCCUUUACACGACACCUGGCACUCUAUGUCCGUCCUGAUUGGGCGGCCAGAGUGCUAUGUCAUCAGCCACACCCCCUGCGGUCCCGCCCUUUAAAAAGGGAAGGAAGCCGGAGAAAUCGGAGGUGAUGGCUGAAUCGGUGCAGGCCACCAAUGAGGAGCUGAGGAGCAAACUUGUGGAUGUCCAGAUUGAGCUGCAGCAGGAGCGAGGCAAGGUAUGUAAGCUCCGUGAGCGCCUUCAGGAGCAGCGACAGGCUCGGGAGCUCGAUCAACACAAACAUGCAGUGGCAGUCACCGACCUGCGGGCCAAACUCCAUGAAGAGAAGCUCCGUGAAAUAGCAGCUGUCCGUGAGGCCUUGGCGCGGCAGCAUGAGGUGGAGCUAGCCCGGUCCAUAAAGAUCCGAGAUGCAGAGGUGCAGAGGCUCCAGGGGCUUGUAAACGCACUGAGAGAUGGAGCUGCCGACAAGCUUAAAAACGCUCUUCUUGGAGAGGCUCGAGAGGAGGCCAGAAAAGCUUUUGAUGGGGAAAGACUAAAGCUACAGCAAGAAAUCCAGGAACAGAAGACAGCCAGGAAACAGGCCGAAGAGGCCCUGGCAAAUGCUUUGCAGGCGGACAAAGCCAAAGCAGCUGACCUGCGCACAGCCUACCAACAGCACCAGGAUGAGGUGCACCGCAUCAAACGGGACUGUGAGAAAGACAUCCGCAGACUGAUGGAUGAGUUGAAAGCUAAGGACCGGGUGGUGUGUGCUCUGGAGAGGGAACUUGGGCUGCAGGCCGGCUACGCUCAGAAGCUCCAGCUUCAGAAGGAAGCCCUGGAUGAGCAGCUUGGGCAGGUACGAGAGGCUGAGAGACACAAUCACGGCAGCCCCAAGAGAGAAGUGGUUCCUGGGCUGGGGGACCACCAGGACCUGCUCAAUAACCAGGAGGUGGAGGAGCGUGACACUAGGAGGUUCCAGCUGAAGAUAGCAGAGCUCCACUCUGUCAUCAGGAAACUGGAGGACAGAAAUGCCCUUCUGGCUGAUGAGAGGAAUGAACUAUUAAAGCGCGUACGAGAGGCAGAGAGCCAAAUGAAGCCCAUGUUUGAGAAGAACAAACGACUGUCCAAGAAGAAUGAUGACCUCCUGCAAACACUCCAACGUAUGGAGGAGAAGUUGAAGACGUUGAGUCGAGAGAAUGCUGAGAUGAAGGAAAAAGCAUCCUCCUCUCGCCCCCCCUCACAGCAACAGUCCAUUCAGCCACAGCUGAAGCGGCCAAGCUCCCUGACAGACCUGAGCCACGCCCACGAGGAGCAGGAAGUGGAAUUCCUUAAACUGCAAGUUGCUGAGCAACGAGGCAUCAUUGACGAGCUCAUGCAGGAACGUGACCGGUUGGUGAUGACCAAAAAGAACAGGAGGAAACCUCUCAAACUGUCAAAAAGGCAUGUUGUGGAGACAUAUUUUGGAUUUGAUGAGGAAUCGAUAGACUCUGAGACCUCCUCUCUUACCUCCUAUAAUACUGACCUGACUGACCGCACACCUGCGACUCCAGAAGAGGAUUUAGAAGAUACUGUAACUCGUGAGGAAUCAGAGCUUCGCUUUCGUCAGUUGACCAGAGAGUACCAGGCACUGCAGCGAGCCUAUGCCCUCCUACAGGAGCAGACAGGGGGUUCUCUGGAUGCUGAGAGAGAGGCCAGGACACGUGAGCAGUUGCAGGCGGAGCUAUGCAGCUGCCAAGCUAAGAUCGUGGACCUGGAGAAGGCCCUGGCAGAGCGGGGGCAGGACUCAAAGUGGGUGGAGGAGAAGCAGUACUUGCUCAGGACCAACCAAGAACUUCAUGAGAAGAUUUGCGUGUUGCAGCAGACAGAGUCACGGCUGCAGGCCGAGGUUCAGGACGCCCGGGAUCAGAACGAGCUGUUGGAGUUCAGGGUCCUAGAACUGGAAGAGAGGGAGCGCCGAUCUCCUGCCCUUAAUCUCCACAUGUCUGCGUUCCCUGAGAACAGCAGCAGCGCCCUUCAGAUCUACUGCCACCAGGAGGGAGUCAAGGAUGUGAUCAUUCCUGAGCUGAUGAAGAAACUGGAUAUUCUUGGAGAUAAUGGGAAUCUCAGAAAUGAGGAGCAGGUAGCUGUGAUCCAGGCUGGGACGGUGAUAUCACUGUGUGAGAAGUGGUUGAAGCAGAUAGACAGCACAGAAUCUGCCCUUACACAGAAGAUGAUUGACCUUGAAAAUGACAAGGAGCUGUUCAGUAAGCAGAAAGGAUUCCUUGAGGAAGAGCUGGACUACAGGAAGCAGGCCUUGGACCAAGCCUACAUGAGGAUCGAGGAGCUGGAGGCCACGCUGUAUAACGCUCUGCAGCAGGAGCAGCCGGCAUGCCGGGAGGUGGCCGAGUCGCUGACAGACAGGCAGAGGGAGGAGCUGAGGCUCGCUGUGGAGAAGCUGCGGCGUCAGAUUCUCCGGCAGAGCCGGCAGUUUGACAGUCAGAUCUUACAGGAGCGCAUGGAGCUCCUACAGCAGGCCCAGCAGAGAAUUAGAGAGCUGGAGGACAGGAUUGACUUACAAAAGAGACAAAUAAAGGAAAUAGAGGAAAAGGUAUAA